GUAGGUAUAUAUACACACAAAUCAUAAUGGAGAUGUAGAUAAUUGAAAAAUCAUUAAAGGCUGCAAACGUAUGGCAGUGGUUAUUUAUGGGGUUUGUUAAAGAGUAAACCCCCUGCCCCUCCUACUGGGAAUCCUAAUGAUGUUGUGACAUAGUCCUAAUACUGUCAGUCUUUGAUCGGCAUGAGAGCAGGUGUUGCUUCAUAUACUUGGUCACCUGCUGCAUUUAAAAAACAUCUGACAAAUUUGAGGAAAAUGAUAACUCUGGAAGAUAAAUGUGGACAGCACACUGAGAGGACAUCACCAAGACAAAUGGAGUCUCCAGGCAUGCCAAAAUACCUGUCCCAUUCCAUUGAAGUUAUACUGAAAAGACCUUCGUGUUUGGCUGAUAGGAAAAUGCAGAAGACUGAAGAGAACAUUUCAGAAUAUACUUGGACACCCAAUGGAAAGGAAGAACUCAAAUCUAGCCAAUAUACAGUGUGUCAGCGGAGUCACAGAAGGGUACGGGCCACGUUCACAGUAGCUCAGCUUGAGGAACUGGAAAGAGUUUUUCAAGACACUCAUUACCCAGAUGUCCAUACCAGAGACUGGCUAGCUACACGCACACAUUUGUCUGAGGGGAGAGUUCAAAUCUGGUUUCAGAACAGAAGAGCAAAGUGGAGACGGACUAAGGUGCAGGAGAGACACGGCGUUCGGUUGGAGCACAACAUAAGCAAAUGCACAAACCCUAUAAAACCUUCUGUUUUUUUCAUACCAAAACAUCAGCUGCCUGCAUCAUUCUACCCCCCUGUUCCUCUGUCUGAGAUCUGCACCCGAGAGCUGCGCCCUUAUGUUGGGUCUCAUCAGUUUCAUGGUCCACCAUAUCAGCCGUGCUUCUCAAACUUCAGACCUCAUCAUGCCAACACGCUCAGCAAGUGCAUGUGUCUUACAUCUCAAUUAAUGCUUAAUUAAAAUGUUAGGCAAAGACUAUAUGGAGAUUUGACAUAGGAAUAUUAUUAUGUGCACAGUAUUGCUUUAACAGUGUGUGUCUUUCUUUUCAGCUGUCUUGAUUAAUCAGACUAAACUUUUUUAUAAAGGCAGAUCUAUAUGGCAUGAUAGUAUAUGGUAUGUAUAAUGUAAUAGUUUAACCCAGUAAACACUCAGAAAAAUAUGCUGAGUGAAAUUCAUUUUGGAUGUGUUUUGUACAGAAUAUAAUAGGCAACAAAUUUGAUUAUGUUAUUACUUAAGUCUUCUUCUUCUUCUUCUUCUUCUUCUUCUUCUUCUUCUUCUUCUUCUUCUUCUUCUUCUUCUUCUUCUUCAGUAGUCAUGAUGUUCCACAUGGGUUAUGUUGUUGACAUUUCCAAUUAUCCUUGAAUUAGUUUAUUACCCCUCUAAUAAAGUGGCUUAUCUUAA